AUGUCUCACCCAAUACACCAAGCCAAUGAAAACAGUCCAUAUGGAGACCUUACUAGGGAAGAAUUCUACAAAAAGCACCAAAUCCUCCAUCAACAAAGUUUCAUGCUUAACCACAAAGGCAUGAACAUUUUUACUCAAUCAUGGCGCCUGGACUCAACCACUUCCCACCUCAAAGGCCUAGUAGCCAUGGUCCAUGGCUACAAUUCUCAGAGUAGUUGGCUCUCAGAGCUAUCAGCAAUAGCUAUAGCCAAGGCUGGAUUCUUGGUUUGUGCACUUGACUUACAAGGUCAUGGUUACUCAGAUGGGUUGCCUGGUCACAUACCAAGAAUUGAGCCUAUUGUGACAGACUGUGUACAAUUUUUUGACACAAUGAAGUCCAACUACCCUAAACUACCAGCAUUUUUGUAUGGGGAGUCACUAGGAGGUGCAAUAUCAAUACUAGUGUGUCUGGCACAGAAAGGGGAAUGGGAUGGUUUGAUUUUGAGUGGCUCAAUGUGUGGGAUUUCGUCCAAAUUCAAGCCUAUUUGGCCAUUGGAGAAGUUACUUCCAGUGGCUGCACUAUUUGCACCUACGUGGAGAGUUGCGGUAUCCAAGCCUUUGGCGAGCAGAUCAUACAAAGAGGAGUGGAAGAGAAGGUUGGUAGCCAAAAACCCUGAUCACCGUAGAUUUGGGAAACCUCCGGCCGCGACAGCAUUGGAGUUUCUGAGGGUCUGUGAGUAUGUAAGGAGGCAUUGCCAUGAAAUUGAAGUUCCAUUGCUAAUGGUGCAUGGGGAGGAUGAUAUAGUAUGUGACUCUAACUCAGCUAGGUUUGUGUAUGAGUCAGUUGCAAGUAAGGACAAAACCUUGAAGAUCUUCCCUGGCAUGUGGCAUAUGUUGAUUGGUGAGCCUAAGGAGAAUGUGGAGCUUGUUUUUGGGACUAUUUUGUCAUGGUUGGGUAACAAAGGAGCCAAAGCUAAAGCAGGGGUCCACCCUCCUCUCUCUCUAGAAGUCCAUCUCUAA